AUGCCGACAGCGCCAGAGCAGACCUCCACUCCAGCCAUGGCGGAGACUGAGAAGCAUGAUGAUCCGGCCCAUGUUGAGCGUGCCUCAUCCUCCAAGUCAGAAGACCUAAACAGCAGCAGUCCUGAACACGAGUUCUCUCCCGAAGAGCAACGCAGAAUCAUUCGGCGAAUCGACAGGCGUUUGAUCACUACCUGUGGUGUCUUGUACUGCGUGUCUUUGAUGGACCGAACCAAUCUGUCUAACGCUGCCAUCGCCGGAAUGAUAGUCGAACUGAAACUGAUCGAUUUUCGCUACUCCACUAUAGCCUUGGUCUUCUUUGCGACCUAUACACUCCUGCAGCCUCCGGCCACCGUGCUGUGCAGGAAGAUCGGGCCGCGACCAUUCUUAACGUUCAUUACCUUUUCCUGGGGCGUGGUCAUGAUCGGAUUUGGUUUUCCAAACACAUGGGGACCCAUGAUUCUUCUUCGCUUGCUCUUGGGUGUCCUCGAGGCUGGUUUCUUCCCAGGGUGCGUGUAUCUGAUAUCGACGUGGUAUUCGCGAUACGAUCUCCAGAAGCGGUACUCGUUCUUCUACCUCAUCGGUAGUCUGGCCUCAGCAUGCUCUGGCAUCCUCGCCUAUGGUCUCAUGCAGAUGGACGGUCUUGCCAAUUACAGUGGCUGGCGAUGGAUCUUCAUCAUGGAAGGAAUCAUAACCUGCGUCUUGGCCAUAAUCUGUUACUUCUUCCUGGUAGACUUCCCCGAUCGCGCUGCGAAAACAGCAUGGGGCUUUCUCAGUGAGCGCGAGUGCCAGUUCAUUAUCCGACGCAUCGCGAAGGACCGUGACGAUGCACAAUUGGAGCCUUUUAACCUGAAAAAGUGGGCUUCGUCAGGGCUUGAUCUGAAGAUUUGGGGGUUUGCGUUGAUUUUCUUCAGCAUCACGACCCAGGCGUAUGCAAUUGCCUACUUCCUUCCCAUCAUCUUGAACAGGAACAUGGGCUUCUCCAUUGGAGCUUCUCAAUGCUUGGUGGCACCUCCGUACGCCUUUGCUGGCAUUCUGAUGAUUGCGUGUGGGUGGUUUGGAGAUCGCUUUCGCAUGAGAGGUCCAAUCCUGGUCUUCAAUGCCCUCAUUUGCUUCGUCGGCCUACCGAUCAUGGGAUUCGUGCAAAGCUCUGGAGUACGGUAUUUUGGCGUCUUCCUGACAACGGCUGGGGUGAAUGCAAACAUUCCCGCAGCCAUGGCAUAUCAGGCAAACAACAUUCGAGGUCAAUGGAAACGUGCCUUUGCAAGCGCGUCUCUCGUGGGGGCUGGCGGCAUUGGUGGCAUUGCAGGGUCCUUGAUCUUCCGCUCCCAAGAUGCUCCUCAUUAUCGACCUGGAAUAUAUGCAGCUCUCGCCUGCAAUGCACUCAUAAUAGUCGUGGUCAGCCUCCUUUCGUUGCAGUUCCACAGGGCCAAUCGCAAGGCUACGAAAGGUGAAAUGGUGAUCGAAGGACUCCAAGGGUUCAGAUACACGCUAUGA